UAAAUGUCAGUGUACUCGCGUAUGUAUCGUACGAUCCUUGAUAUAAAAUAUAGUCGCUGUGAUCUUCCGCUUAAAUCAGUUUGAACUACAGACUACAGUGUAUUCAGAACGCUGUGUUCGACUAUGGAGGUGUUUGGGUUGACGUUCACCUUAUGGGAACUAUUGAGAACAUUGCUUCUGCUGUUCGUCAUUAGUGUUAUCUACGACUGGGUACAAAAUAUACUGUGGAAGUGGAAAUACAAUGUGAAAGGAUACUUUCCACUACCUAUUUUAGGGACUCUUCCGUUCCAGUUGUCAAACCCAACACCAGAUGGUGAACGCAGUCGAAUUAACAGGUUCGGGAAGAUUUAUGGUGGCUCUCUUGGAAUGACCAAUAUCAUCAACGUGUUUGAUCUUGACAUCUUGAAAAAGAUCUUAGUCAAGGACCAUGCGGACUUCCAGAACCGAUUUACAUUGCCCGGAGUGUAUGAACCGCCUCCCUCGGACGCCACACUUCCGGCAUUAAAAGACUCAGAGUGGAAAAGAGUCCGAAGCAUACUUACGCCAAGCUUCAGUGCCGCAAAACUUAAGAUGAUGACCACAAACAUUAACCAAGUCAGCGAAAUCUUAGCGCAAGGUCUCCUAGAAAAUGCCCGUUCACGAUCAACUAUUGAUCCCAAAGACAUAUAUGGUUGUUUUACAAUGGACGUUAUUGCUCGCACUGCUUUUGGGAUUGAAACCAACUCAUACAAGAACCCGGAUGAUCCUUUCAUUGCUCAUGGGAAGCGUGUUUUCAGCAGUCUUGUCUUCAAUCCAGUGAUAAUUCUCAUGAUGAUAUUUCCUCGACUUGGGCCAUAUCUAACGAGGUUGUUGAAGUACAGCAUGUUCUUCCCGACGAAUUCUCUAGAAUUCUUCAUAGACGUCAGCAAGCAGAUAAUCGAGCAACGCAAAACUGACGUCACGACAGACAGAGUUGAUUUACUGCAACUUAUGCUGAAUUCAGAGCAUGACGUCCAUAAAAGUUUAUCGGUAAAAGAGAUCGUGUCGCAGUCAUUCAUCGUGUUUGUCGCUGGUUACGAAACAACGGCCACUCUACUUACGUACGCCUCAUAUGUGCUGGCAACAAACCCUGACGUGCAAAAUACCUUACAGGAGGAGAUUGAUAAACACAUUCCCAUGGACUGUAAAGAAAUCACAUAUGAGAAGGUCAUGGAACUGCCGUACUUGGAUCAGUUUGUACACGAGACUCUCAGGAUGUACCCGCCUGUUACAGCAAUGAAUCGAGCUACAUCGGAAGAUCGCGAUGUCCAGAUUGACGGCUACUGGUUCCCGAAAAACACAAUGAUCAGCUGCAACAUCUACAUGAUACAUCACGAUGACAAUAACUACCCUGAGCCGGAGAAGUUCAUUCCCGAGAGAUACGACUGGGUACAAAAUAUCCGCUGGAAAUGGAAAUACAACGUGAAAGGAUACUUCCCACUGCCAAUUAUAGGGACUCUUCCGUUCGCUUUAUCAAACCCAACACCAGAUGGUGAACGCAGGCGAAUCGAACGUUUCGGGAAGAUUUAUGGUGGCUCUCUCGGCAUGGUCAAUCUUAUCAACGUGUGUGAUCUUGACAUCUUGAAAAAGAUCUUAGUCAAGGACCACGUUGAGUUCCAGAACCGAUUUACAUUAACCGGAGUAUAUGAACCCCCUCCCUCGGACGCCACACUUUUGGCCUUGAAAGACGCAGAGUGGAAAAGAGUGAGAAGCAUCCUGACGCCAAGCUUCAGCGCUGCGAAACUUAAGAUGAUGACUUCAAACAUUAACCAGGUCAGCGAAAUCUUAAUACAAGACCUACUAGACAAUGCCCGGUCACGAUCAACGAUAGAUCCCAAAAACAUAUUUGGUUGUUUUACAAUGGACGUUAUUGCCCGGACAGCUUUCGGCAUUGAAACCAACUCGUACAAGAACCCGGAUGAUCCUUUCAUUGCGCAUGGGAAACGUGUCUUCAGCGGUCCCGUCUUCAAUCCAGUGAUUAUUCUUAUGAUGAUAUUUCCUCGACUUGGGCCAUAUCUAACGAGGUUGUUGAAGUACAGCAUUUUCUUCCCGACGAAUUCUCUAGAAUUCUUCAUAGAUGUCAGCAAGCAGAUAAUUGAGCAACGCAAAACUGAUGUCACGACAGACAGAGUGGAUUUACUGCAACUUAUGCUGAAUUCAGAACAUGACGUCCAUAAAAGGUUAACGGUACACGAGAUCGUUUCGCAGUCAUUCAUCGUGUUUGUCGCUGGUUACGAAACAACGGCCACUCUGCUAACGUACGCCUCAUAUGUGCUGGCAACAAACCCUGACGUGCAAAAUACCUUACAGGAGGAGAUUGAUGAACACAUUCCCGGGGACUGUAAAGAAAUCACAUAUGAGAAGGUUAUGGAACUGCCGUACCUGGAUCAGUUUGUACACGAGACUCUCAGGAUGUACCCGCCUGUUACAGCGAAAGGACGCCCGUUCCAAUAUGCAAAGGAGACCUAAAUGACGUAGACAAUGCACGAUUUCGGGAUCAGGUCACAUUCGACCAACAAAACCGAGCAUUGUUAACAAACAAUUACAUCAUCGGCAAGUUGACCAAAGCUUGCGAAAAAUGGACAUUCGACGUACAGCAACAUGGACCUGCUAUAACCUCACUGGAAAUGCAGGACAGCGUUAAUGGCAUACGGUGCCCAACGCUACCCGAGGACUGCCGCGUAUUGUUUACAAGACCAAGACCAGGCCACUGGCCAACAGAUGCAACAUUAGGCAAUGCAAGAAAGUGUGGAGUGUUUCUAGUUCCACCAGGAAGCAUCGGCAACACAGUAAGCUACGAUUCGUCUGAUAGGGUUGGUAACGUCAAUGUCCAGUUGUCUUCUAAUGCUAUUUCCCUUCUACCCGUUCAGUGGAGAAUGUCAACAAACCUGAUUGAGCGCAUACUCAUGUUUGAUCUAAACCAAGUUCAAAUGAAAGCAUACAUUCUAACGAAAAUGAUCAGAAAAGAAUUUCUUAAAUCAACAGUUGGUGAUCGAGUAAGCACAUUUCAUAUGAAAACAGCGCUUUUGUUCGCCGUCGAACAGCUUCCGGAAAACAAAUGGAGGGAAGACAAUCUCUUAAACUGUGUACUAUAUUGUCUGACGAUGCUUAGGCGAUUCCUCCAACGUCGAAUGUGCCCACAUUACACGAUAGCGUGUGUGAACUUGUUUGCAGGUAAAAUAAAAUGCCAUGAAUUCAAAAUUUUGAUUGAAGAACUCAAUAGCAUGAUAAACACAGACCUGCAGUGUCUGUAUCGACUACGCAUGGACAACGUGGGAGCCAGGUUAUCCAGCCGUUAUAUCGGGCUCCCAUCACGAGAGGAAAACCGUUCGCAUACUAUUACAAUUUUGAUGGAAAAUGUCUUACCAAUGACCCUGAAUACCGUACUUCUACAGACUUUUCAAGCGGUCCGAGAUGAUAGCGUUUUACAUGCAGUUUUUGAAACUCCGAACGAAGAUCCACAGAGAGACUUCAAAUCUUUCCUUAGGACGUGCACCAGAAACAUGAAAAGUACCGCUGAGCAUAAUCCAGAAUACAGCAUUGAACUAAGAUUUGCAUACCAAAAUAUUAUUUCCGUUUUAGCCACAAUCGAAGCAUCUGAUUGUAUAAAAAACAACACAAAAAUCACAGAAAACAUUAUUGACAUGUUUGAAGUGUCUCUGGUCUCAAAUCAUAUAUCUAAUUUCUUAAAAUAUGCAUCAAUGCUCGUAUGUACUAAACAGUUCGACACAGCAGAUGCAUUGCUCACCCAAACUGAGAGCAUUAUAAAAACAGAAAUGGUUCAAAUUUCCAUCAAGAGAACUCCAUGCAAGAUGCAAAUAGAUCUUGCUCCAGUGCAAGACGCUUGCACACCAACAGAAACAUUAAUGCGGUAUGCAGGCAACGUCAUUAUGGAUGUAGAAUUCUUGCGUGAAGAGGUCAAUUGCGUCCCAAAUCACCUCGUUUGUGAAAUGUAUAGGUCAGUGACAGACCUUGACCAGAGAGAACGCAACACGCACAAAGGACUGACACAGUGGAUGGAUUAUGCAGUGACAGACUCAAAACCAUUCCUGUACUACCUUCAAUACUUGACAGCGAGGCAGUUAGCUCAUCAUGACAAAAAGAGCAAAGCAUUUGAAAAACUGAUUGAGUACUACAAGUCUGAAAGAGAUUCUAUGAGAAGCACCGCAGUCGAAAAUGUGCUUAAGAUUCAAGGCCACAUAGAUACAACACUAAACAUGAUUGGACACUGCCUAGAGCUAGAGAACCAGGUGUCACGGGCAUGGAGUCUUUACAAGGCUUCGCUACAAAUAGUCCCCAGGAAUAAUUCUGCUUACUGGCACCUCUUCCGUUUACUUGGACAUUGUGCGUACAAAGAAGAGUUAUAGAAUAAUCUUAUAGUUUACAUAAGCACAUUCGAAUGGACCCCUUUGUUCCAAAGUGACGAACACUUCAAAUAUAAACAAAGUGAAACUUCAGCUGCAUCAUCAGGAGAUAUACCGUAUUAUAGCGCGAUGUCCUUUAUUUAUGCCAAAUGACCAAUUGCCAGGAACCCCAUAACACAGUAAGAAGUGACUCUACCGCUUAGAGCCCCUAAAGACUGGAAAUACGACAACAUUUGUGAUAAGUACGGGGAUAUGAACUACUACAUCCACAUAGAACACAUCAAUUUGGUGUAGUGUUCAAAUAAAAAGUGAAACUCCA